GCUGCGGGGGAGCCGGGUCCGGGCCUCGGCCCGCGGCGGCUGGAGCCGGGCCCGGGGGGGAUCCGCCGCGUGUGGCCCGCAUGGAGCUACGUGGUGGUGGAGACGGGUGAGCGCCCGCCCAGUGCUGCCCCCGGCCCGCCCGGUUCCUCCCCGCUCCCCUCGGUCUGUCCCGGUCCCGGGUCCCCGGGAGGGCUCCUCCGCCUGCCCGCGGUGCCGGUUCCCUGGGGUUUCCCGUGCCCCGGUACCUCCGCCGCGGUGCUCACCCGGUGCGGGAUGCACGGGACGGGUGUCCUGGGAUGCCCCUGACCCCCUCCCAGCCCCGGUACCCGAGGAUGCCCUUGCUCCCUAUGGGCUGUGCCCCCCCCGGUGCCGGUACCCGGGAUGCCCUUGCUCCCUAUGGGCUGUGCCCCCCCCGGUGCCGGUACCGGGGAUGCCCUUACUCCCUAUGGACUGUGCCCUACCCCCGGUACCGGGGGUGCCCUUGCUCCCUAUGGGCUGUGCCCCCCCGGUGCCGGUACCCGGGGAUGCCCUUGCUCCCUAUGGGCUGUUCCCCCCCCGGUGCCGGUACCGGGGGUGCCCCCCCCCGCUCACGUGGUGCUCCGGUAGGGGCGGGGCUGGAGCUGCGGAGCGCGGGGCGGCGGCAGCGGCUGCGGGGCUGGCGCGAGGCGCUCCCGUCCGAGACGCACGUGGUGCUGCGGGGGGCGGCGGCGGCGCGCGCGUGGCGGCGGGGGGCGGGGCUCCGGUCCGCCGCCUGGAGCCGGUUCCUGCCCCGGGGCCCCGCCCCCCGCCCGCUCCCGCUGCUCCCAGGGGGCUUCGCGCUGCCGAGGCCGCCGUUCUACAGAGCCCUCCCCGCGGGGCUGCGCGCACGGAGCCUGGCGCUGGGCACCGAGCACGUCCUGCUGCUGGGCACCGGAGGGGACGUCCACGCGUGGGGCGGCGGAAGGCACGGGCAGCUCGGGCACGGGACGCUGGAGUCGGAGGCACAGCCGCGGCUGGUGGAGGCGCUGGCCGGGGUGCCCAUGGCGGCUGUGGCUGCAGGCGGGUGGCAUUCAGCCAGUGUCAGCGAGGCAGGAGACCUCUACAUGUGGGGCUGGAACGAGUCGGGGCAGUUGGCUCUGCCCUGCAAGGCACUGGCUGAGGAGCGGGCACAGGGUGAGGAGGCCGGAGCAGGAGCUGCGGCACUGAGCCCAUGCCCGGAGCCGCCGGAGGCUGAGGCCACCACAUUCAUCUCCAUCCAGGCGCUGCCGGCGCUGCUGGACCUGCCGCAGGAGCCGGAGGUCAGCGGGGUCAGCUGCGGGUCCCGGCACACGGCUGCUGUCACACGAGGUGGGGAGCUCUACACCUGGGGCUGGGGGCCGCACAUGGCCCCACUGUGCUGUCUGCAGGUAAAUACGGGCAGCUGGGACACGGGGAUGAUGCCAGCUCCGACUGCCCCCGGCGCGUGGAGCACCUGGUGGCACAGGGGCUGUGGGCAGAGGCAGUGGUGUGCGGGCCCUGGACCACCUAUGUCUGCGUGCGGGAGCCCCCGGACCCCCCCAGCUCCACAGCUGAUUGCAGUGAGGACCCUGCUGCUGGAACCUGCCUUGGCCCCACUCUGCCAUCAGCCCCCCAGGACCAGACCUGCUCGGACUCAGUCCCCCCAGAGCCGAACUCGGAGCCUCAAGUGGGGCUGCAGCUGCAUGAGGGCUGAAGCCAACCCCAGGCUGGGCUGGAUGCGUUCAUUACAUCUGCUUUUAUAGAA